UCUUGCAGGUUGCAACUUUUAAUACUGGAGCGCGGACUUUGACCGACGUUACGUAUCAGUUUAUGUGCAUAUUACCUUGGUUGCCGCGCACACAUUUCAAGUGGGACACGUUUCAAAUGGGUCACCCGAAUUUAUCAUUGACAGCCGCAGGUCCGGUGGGGUUUGACACACUUGGUUGACCCAGGAUUACAAGAGGACAGUAUCAGAUCACGCACGACUGUAACAGGUGGCGAGAAUUCAGUCGGCGGGGGAGAAAAAAGGGUCGAUUUUCGUCUAAGCUGCGGCCCCCGUCUCCGGUUGUGGACUAGCUCGAGCCUGAGACAGAGAAAUAAUAAAUUACCAAGUGAUGAGGCGGGGCACAGCGGGCCCUGUCAGCGCGAGGUUAACGGGAUAUCGUCGGCGGAAGAGAGGUGUGAGCAUGGCGGCCGAGGUCGAUGAGGCGACUCGGCGAGAGUACGAGACCAUGGAACGUUGGUUGGACGAGCACCCCCACUUUACAAUGGACUACUUCACCCGGAAAGCGACCCGAGAGAUGGUGAACGCGUGGCUCUUCUCACAGGCGCUUUCGCAAACAACCAUGACAGCGCGGGAGUCCGUGCCCUCUGCUCCGAGCUCCGGCGCACAGACCCCCGUGCGGAGGGUGUCCAGCUCCGAUCUCGAGUCCCGUGGACUCUUCGGCUCGUACCGGCCCAUCCUCACCACCGUGGACGGCACCCCCUCGUUCAUCGACCCGCAGACGAUCGCGCGAACAGGCACCACGGCCACCACCACCACCUCCUCGGUCUCCACGCCUCGGCGCGGGGGUGUGUCGACCUCGCAGCUUCGGCAGGAGCUGCGCGCGCUAGACGAGCGAGAGAUGAUGCUCCAGCUCGUCCGAGACAUCUCCAAUGACCUGGACGUGAACCUCCUGUGCCACAAGAUCCUCCAGAACGUCUCUAUUCUCACCAACGCCGACCGGUGCUCGCUCUUCCUGGUGAAGGGGAACAAAGAGACGGGAGAGCGCUACCUCGUCUGUAAGCUGUUCGAUGUCAACAUACACUCCACCCUGGAGGAAGCAGAGAGCCAGGCGGCUGACCAGGAGAGUCGGUUCCCGUGGGGGAUGGGCAUCGUCGGGUACACCGCGGCCUCAGGCCAGAUUGUCAACCUGCCGAACGCAUACGAGGAUACCAGGUUCAACUCGGGUAUCGACCUUCAAACAGGCUACAAAACCCUCAGUAUCCUGUCCAUGCCGCUGAGAGACAAGGAUGGAGAGGUUAUAGGAGUUGCACAGGUGGUCAACAAGUGUGGAGGUUAUGGACAGAAAACUGAGGCUUUUAACGAGCAUGAUGAAAAGAUAUUUGAGUCGUACAUGGCAUUCUGUGGUGUGAGGUUACACAAUGCUUCUCUGUAUGAACAAUCACAGCUUGAAGUCAGGAGAAAUCAGGUUCUCCUGGAGUUGUCGAGGCUGAUUCUGGCAGAGCAGAGCUCCCUGCCUGUCAUCAUUAACAAGGUCCUGAUGCACACCCAGUCUCUGCUGCAGUGUCAGAGGUGCCAGGUUCUGCUCUUGGACGACACCUCCAAGGGCAUGUUUUCUCAGGUGUUUGAGUGUGCAGCGAGUGACUUUGAAGAUGACAACAUGAGCCAAGAGGAGCGACACAACAGGGACUUGUCGACCACCAACAAGCCACCAAGAUUCCCCAUUAAUAUCAAGAUCACAAGUCACGUGGCACUGACAGGAGAGACUCUAAACAUUCCAGAUGCCUAUCAGGACGAACGGUUCGACCCAUCUGUAGAAGAAGGUUGGGAUAAUAAGACAAGGUGCAUACUGUGUAUGCCAAUUAGGAACUCAACCAGGAAUAUAAUUGGAGUAAUGCAGCUGGUGAACAAGGUAGAUGACACCAUCUUUAGCAAGCAUGACGAGAACCUGUUCGAGGCCUUUGCCAUCUUCUGUGGAAUGGGAAUCCACAAUACUCAGAUGUACGAAAAGGUAGUCAAGGCCAUGGCCAAACAGAGAGUGGCUUUAGAGUGCCUUUCUUACCAUGCAGUGGCAUCAGAAGAGGAAGCAGAUAGGUUAAGAAAACUGCCCAUCCCUUCCUCUGACUGGUUCCACCUUCUACGCUGGGAUUUUGAUGACAUUGGGUUGGAGGAUGAGGAAACACUGAAGGCCUCCAUCAGGAUGUUUAUGGAUAUGGACUAUUUAAGGAAGUUCAGCAUCAACUAUAAGAGCCUGUGCCGGUGGAUGUUGAGUGUACGGAAGAACUACAGGAAUGUGACGUACCACAACUGGAGACAUGCCUUCAAUGUGGCACAGAUGAUGUUCACUAUGCUAAAGACUGGGUCUAUGGAGGACUUGUUGGAUGACAUUGAGGGUCUUGCCCUGCUCCUGGCCUGUCUUUGUCAUGACCUUGACCACAGGGGCACCAACAACUCCUUCCAGAUGAAGUCCAAUCACCCACUGGCCCAGCUAUACGGAACCUCUACCAUGGAGAGGCACCACUUUGACCAGUGUAUCAUGAUCCUCACUAGUGAGGGUACUGAGCUGCUAUCCAGUAUGAGUAAAGAUGACUAUGCAAAGUGCCUAGAUGUCAUGGAACAUGCAAUUCUCUCUACAGAUCUCGCACUCUACUUCAAGUGGAGAGGUGGAUUCUUCUCAAUAGUGGACAGAAAUGAGGCAGACUGGAGCAACAAGGAGAACAGAAAACUGCUGAGGAGCAUGAUGAUGACAGCGUGUGACGUGGCAGCCAUCACUAAACCCUGGCCUGUUCAACAAAGGGUUGCCCAGCUGGUUGCUUCAGAGUUCUUUGAACAAGGUGACCUUGAGAAAGAGCAACUGAAGAUACAGCCAAUGGACAUGAUGAACAGGGAGAAAAAAGACAAGCUGCCUGAGAUGCAGGUGGACUUCAUUGAUGCAAUCUGUAUGCCAGUCUACAAGUACUUAGCCAAAGCCCUCCCCAGCCUCAGUCCCAUGUUGAAGGGGUGUGAAGACAACAGGCAGCACUGGCAAAGCCUUGCUGACGGUAGAAGGGAACAGGAAGCUGCAAAGGCUGCUGGGAAGGAUGUUCUGGAGGUUGAUGGGAUAGAUGGAGAGGAUGCUGGGAAGAUAGCAAGCAGGGAAAAGGAUGAAUCAGUGGAAGAAGAGCCGGCUACUGUCGGUGACUCUCCAUCCAGAAUAAUUCUAGAAACAGGUGAAGAAGAGCACAACGGUUCGGGAGGGUGCUGUCCAGAGAGACCAACAUGUGCAUCAUAGAAGUCCUCUCCUCAAUCGGUGCUUCUUACAAGGGCAUUGUACAUCUACUGUAGAUCUUCUUUUCUAAUAGCAGGGCUGUCUCCAGGACCCAUCCCUUUCUUGGGAUGGACAAAAAUUCCAUUCAUUGUUUAAAAAAUUGUAAGCUUAAAGAUGUCGACAGACUUGACAACAAUUUUACUCCAAGAAAAUUUCCUUAUGAAAAUGUGAAAUAGCAUUUCAAAGGUUUCGAAGUUCCAAAAAUAGUGUAUGCCCCAAGACUCUCUGGAUUUUAAGGCACACCUCCCCCCCCCCAACAAUUACAUGGUCCUGGUUUGUAGAUUAAAAAAUAUGUCAACCUACAUGGACAUGGUAAACACCUGGUCCAGUCAAUUUAGAUUUGAAAAUUGGAAGAAUUCAGGUUCAGAUCUCAAUUCAAGUUGUUGGUUUCUCAUGUAUCCAUCUGUGUUGACUAUUACUUGUCAAUAAAGGCCACACCAAUCAGACUUGUUAUUAUAAACUAAAAGUAACUGUUACUGGAGUGUAUUUUUUUCCAAGAAAUUGAACUGGGCAGGUGGAAUUAAAAAAGAAGGGGAGGCCUGAGCAUUCUGUGAUACCUUAAAAGGCACAUUAUAUUGUCAACACUAGGCUAACUGAUAAUUCAUACAAUGAAUUUUUAAUGAUGCAUUGAUAAAAGGAUAUGAACUGUAACAACAAGGACUUUCUUCAACUGUUGGUGGCACCUUGAAUGGCACAUACUACUGUUUACUGGGGGAAAUGAAGCAUGUGGAAAAGAGAAACAACAAAUUAAAUUGUUGUAGCCUAACAUAUCAACCUGCAAGUAGUGAGAUGAAGUACAGACCUGCUAUCUACACCUUUCAUGAGUAGCCUGUAAAAAAAAAUAAUAUGAUCACUAAAUUAAAUACUCUAUGACAAUCUUACAUUCCAACUUAUACAAAAAAGUAUUCUAUAUAACUGAUGUGGAAAAAGGGUAAGGAUUUCAUACUAAUAAUUUUCCAACAUGAACAUGGCAAAAUUAAACACAGUGAUGUCUUAAGUUAACAUUAUUUUACCAGGUCGCAUACAAGUAAAUAUGCCAUUCUGAAAAAAAAUGAGAGAUCUCCAAUGCAACGUCAGCCAGACUGUAUUAUCUAAACUAUACAUACCAGAGCCAGCGCCUGUUUUCUCUGUCAAUAGCUGGCACCUUGGCUGUUGUGAGACAGAAAAAUGUUUAAACCUUGACAAUUUGAAACAAAAUUU